GAAUACAACAUGUCAGCUCAUCAGCCAUGAUUUUCUCUCGUCUGUCAUCGCGAGGUCUCUCGCAGCCCAUAGCGCGGCAUUGGCGCAACAUUGCAUCGACAUCAUCCAGGAACACACGUGCGAAGCCCAGCAACGAAAGCAAGUCACCAUUAGUGAAAACAUGGGACUACCUGACGAAAAUCAACUGGCGGAAUGUCAACCCUCUACCCUCCAUGAUGUAUGCCACCGCAUUCUUGCUCGGCUACCAUGUCUUCACGAACUAUUUCUACGUGAUCGAUAACUGCCACGGGCAGUCUAUGCUGCCGACGUUUGCCUACACCGGUGAUCUGGUGUGCCUUAGUAGAUAUUACAGGCGAGGACGAGGCAUUCAGCUAGGCGACUUGGUCAGUUUCAAAAUACCUAUCAAAGAUGAGUAUGGUCUCAAAAGGGUGGUGGGAAUGCCAGGUGACUUCGUACUGAUGGAUACACCUGGCAAGAGCGAUGCAAUGAUUCAGGUAGGAGCACAGCGAUGUCCAUUGCCAAUUGUUUCAGGAAAAUUAACAUAUGGUAGGUACCGGAAGGGCAUUGCUGGGUGGCUGGCGACAAUCUUGCGCACUCUCGCGACUCCAGACAUUAUGGACCAAUUCCCCUGGCAUUGAUUCAUGGCAAGGCCGUAUUCAAAUACCAUUACCGUCGCUGGUUGCCCACUGGCUUUACAACAUUCAAGCGUGGCUUGAAAUCUGCUGAGAUAGAGGACGAGAUUGAUUGAGUGGCAUUGAAGCACUCAUUUUAACAUGGCCGAAGUUUGCACUUGGACAGACUACCGUCCUUGUGGCGACAUGGCCGUAAAGCUUGGUCAUAUGCGUCGGACGUAACCCUUUGCAGAGCGAGCGGCAACGCAUAUCGAUAGCGGCUGAUUUUGUGCUAUGUCAUUACGCAGGCAUGAACAUUCAUGCGUACGGGCCAGCACACGUGAAUCAUCAUGGCUGCUACCUCACGCAGGCUCUUCGGAAACAAUGCAUAAGCGGCUCCAAGGCGCGACUCCUUCGCAACUUCUCGUCCCUGCCUCGUUUGAGCCAUGGCCAAACCUUUUCUGAUCACCGUUGCUGGGAACAGCGGCUUCAUGAUGGCUCAAGCCCUGCGAAAAGAAGGGAUGCCUUUUCAAAUCUUCGAGCGAGAUCAGUCUCCAAGCUUCAGGAGUGCAGGGUAGGGACCGACGCUGAAUUGGGCACUUCCGACGUCCCGAUCGUUGCUGCCAGAGGACAUAGUAGCAAUGCUGCUCGAGACUUUCGUCAAUGCCGAAGCUGUG